AUGGGGAAACCGAGGGCCUCCGGUGAUGUCGAGAGCAGGGCGCUUGCUUCCGGCAGCGGAGGCGCGACGGCGCCGCUCCUCCACCGGAAUGAUCGCAAGGAGGAUGCCAAGACCCAGGGAGGGUCGCUGUCUAUGGUCCUCUUCAGCACCGCGGUCGCCGUGUGCGGCUCCUUCGAGUUCGGCACCUGCGUUGGUUAUUCUGCACCCACUCAGUUGGGAAUAGAGCACGAACUUGGACUAUCCAUCGCUGAGUUCGCAAUUUUUGGGUCUGUGUUGACUAUCGGGGCAAUGAUUGGUGCUGUUACCAGCGGACGCUUAGCGGACUCUCUUGGACGUAAAAUGACCAUGCGGAUAGCAGCUACUAUUUGCAUUUUUGGUUGGCUUUCUAUACAUUUCGCUAAGGGUGCUACUAUGCUCUAUUUUGGAAGAACCUUGCUGGGCUUUUGUACUGGUGUUCUUUCUUAUGUGGUGCCUGUGUUCAUAGCCGAAAUAGCGCCUAAGGAUCUCAGGGGUGGCCUUGCAACUUUAAACCAGUUGUUGAUCGUUUGUGGGAGUUCGUCUACUUACAUAAUAGGGGCGCUGGUUACAUGGCGCAAUUUGGUAUUCGUUGGUAUAGUGCCCUGUGUUAUCCUCUUAGUAGGGCUUCUCUUCAUUCCAGAGUCACCAAGAUGGCUGGCUCAGGUUGCAAGGGAGAAAGAAUUCCACACCUCAUUGCAGAUGCUGCGUGGAGAGAAUGCUGACAUAUCUAAAGAGGCCACUGAGAUCAAAGAGUAUAUUGAAUCCCUCCAAAGCUUCCCAAAGGCCAGGGUGCAGGACUUGUUUUCUGGCACAAAUAUAUAUGCGGUCACUGCGGGUGUUGGCUUGAUGAUCUUCCAGCAAUUGGGAGGGAUAAAUGGUGUAGGCUUUUAUGCAAGCUCUAUCUUUAGUUCUGCAGGAUUUUCUGGAAAACUUGGAACCAUAUUAAUUGGCAUUAUUCAGAUUCCUAUUACAUUGUUUGGCGCCAUUCUCAUGGAUAGGAGUGGAAGAAGGGUUCUUCUAAUGGUUUCCGCAUCUGGAACAUUCUUGGGCUGCUUUUUGACAGGAAUAUCGUUCUACCUCAAGGCGCACGGAUUAUUCCUACAAUGGGUUCCUUCAUUGGCUCUUUCCGGCAUCCUGGUAUAUAUAGGUGCAUACUCAAUUGGAAUGGGCCCUGUCCCUUGGGUUGUCAUGUCUGAGAUAUUCUCGAUUAACAUCAAAGCACUCGGCGGAAGCUUGGUGACCCUCAUUAGCUGGCUUGGUUCCUUCGCGGUCUCUUACUCGUUUAACUUCCUCAUGGACUGGAGCGCAGCAGGGACGUUCUUCAUGUUCUCUGCGUCGAGCUUGGUCACUAUACUGUUCGUGGCAAGGCUAGUGCCUGAAACCAAAGGAAAAACACUCGAAGAGAUCCAGGCCUCAUUGAAUUACGGAAGAUAA